UUGAACUUUUUUUUUUGUCCCACAAACAUGCGUCAAAAGCUGAGAAGUGAAUGGAGAAAUGCAAUGCAGCUGAAAGGCAAGUUAGUAAAAUAACGCUUGGGGAGGCGAGGGCAUCUGAGUGAGGGGGCGUGGCAACCUUACCCUGCGUGGCUUUGGCAGGUGUCCAGCAGGCGGAGGAAAGCAACUCCAACCCCUACCACCUACUUCGCCUCUUUAUUUCAUGUUGGCGGCGGUGGUAGCCGUUGGCCAGGUGGAAGGUGAUCUGGUGGGAGCAGCCAGUAGAGGCCAAAAGCGCCCAGCUGGUAUGAGAGGUACAGCGCCCGCCUGGGCCCAAAGAGUGCCAGGUUUGGUAACUUACUGGUAUGGCAGCUGUUUAAGUCAUACAGGGCAGCAGACUAACCUUAGUGCUGAUGAACUGAGGGUGGGAGCUGUAACUUCCCAUUUAAUUCCACAAAGUUUCUGGAGUAGUUGUUCCUAGUACUGAUUUUUGAUGCCAUGUUCUCUAGGUGUAUCUUACCAGAGAGAGUCCUGUCCAAUGUUACUCCAUGGUACUUUGGAUGAGGAUUAUAGGGGAAUAAAUUGUUGUUUAAGCAGAUCUUUGGGGCUUUAUAUGCUAGUUUGUUGUUAAGGUGGAGGCAUAUAGUUACUGUUUGCUGGUGCUAGAAGUCAGCCUCCAGUCAGUGAAGAAUUUAAAUUAGAUUAAUUAAAUUAAUUUAAAUUAGAUAAACAUUUGUAUUUAACAUUUCAAAAUACAGCAACAUUUAAUCCUUAUAGGUAAUCCCCAAAAAGUUUAAUUCCAAUAGUUUAGCCCUACAGAGAAAUUAUUAAGUCUGUCACUUGUACUUCUGUAAGUGGUUUGAUAUAGCAACCAAACAGGACAGGUACAGACUUCAACUUAUAAUUAAACUGCAGAAAAAAACAAUUGCAACCAGUCUGCUUUUCAUUGAUGACAUACCGGGUCAGGGCUGAGAAAAUAUCUGUUGAUCCCGCACAUCCUGGACAUAUAAACUGUUUCAACUCCUUACCUCAGGACACUGCUGCAGAGCAUUGCAUACCAAAAGAACUAGACACAGACAGUUCUUUCCCUCGUGCCAUCACUCUGCUGAACAUCUAAGUCCUUGGUCUUAUGUCUAAGUAUGUAGUAUGCAUAGCUCUCUAUUAACAAUGAAUAUUUUUAACUCUGCCAUUUUCCAUUUGGGUUGGAGAGAGGCUGAUUUAAAGCAAAUUAAAAAUCUCCGCCGCUGUCUCCCAAUUACACUUUCCCCCUUCCCUACCGUUUUUUUUUGCAGAAACAGGCUUCGCUCCCCCCCCAUCAACCGAAUGUUGAACCCUUGGUUGCGGUAGGAAUUAACCGACUUGCUUGUCCCCGAGUCUGACGUCCUAGACUGAGAACGAGCAUUUUUAUGCCUAAACCAGGACUACCGCUCAGUUUCCUGGAGCUCACAAUCAACUGGUUUAUAGUCUGAAGUCUUAAACAAACUGGCUCUCCCUCCCAAAUUCUACUGAUCCGUACGCCAAAUUUUACUGUUCCAAUUAAAGUAGAAGCUUUCUCGAGGACAAGGUCGUCUAAGCUGCUACUUAAUACAGCAAAGAAAUAAUAAAAUAAGAAUGGCAUUAACAUUCAUUCCCAUUCAGUUUCCUUUAACUAUCAAACUUUACAACAAGAAAUGUCUUCAUUUGAUAUGAAUGGCUCAAUCCAUAUAAUACCGCCUCUCUUCUCCGCACAUGAAAUAUUGAAUUGCUAUCAAUGCAAAACCGGAAGACUCGCGAGAUUACCACCUAGGAUUGUUGUACCUCUGAUCUAGAGAAACAAGGACACGUUCGGGAAGUUGCCUGUCGAAUGUUCCGGUAUAGAGGGACGUGAGAAAGACAGUCUCGCGAGUUCUUGUUGAUUACGUUUGGAAAAGGAACAAACCGAACUCUCCAGCUUAGAGAUAGGUUCAUUGCUUCUUACUUCAGCGCAGUGGCGCACGCGCAGUUGUACUGGCUGCGCCGGCCGUCUCCCUUCUGUCUCUUUCUGUGUGUGCGCGAGUGAGAGAGAAGCGAACGCAGAGGACGACGGAGACUAUUUGGCAAUUGCUCUUUCUCAUCCCUUAUUCGUUCUCCCGGAUACGGAGCGAACCAACGAACCGGAGGCAGCAGAAGGAGCGGUGGGACACGAAGCGUUCGGGCACGGCCUCGAGGGACCGUUUGGGCAUAAGCACCGAGAGGGAGGCGCGCAGGCCUAACUCAGGGCCCAGCCGGGAACAUGGGACCGGUUUGUGUCAGGCGAAGAGGCAGCCACCAUCCCUGGUUUUAGGAGCUCGUGGAAGCUACAGCUGACGGUUCCAGCCUAAGGAACUGUCUGUCCUUCUAUGUGAGGAGACAGAGGACGGCAGGAGAGACUCGUCCUACGGAGCCGAACCUGGCAAAGGGCCCCAAUGGCGAUUGCUUCUUUCUCCUCCACCUCUUGGGCGCCUUGACGGAUUCUUGUUUGCCGGAGAGAGAUCCCGAUGCCGAGUACCUCAGAGGCGGCGACGUCCGGAGGCGGGAGCGGUAUUCGGGCCUGGGCCGGCGGUUCCGAAUCGCCAGCGGCAGAAAAAAAGCGUUUGCAUCACCGGAGGCGGAAGCGCUACGCUUCGGCGCAGCAGCCUCCCCCGUUGCCUCCGUCACCUGUGGCGGGCCCGCCGGCACCUUCGCUGCUGUUCCCGCUGCUGCAGCCCUCGCUCCUGCAGCCGCCGCUGCCGCCGCAGUCUCUGCUGUUCCUGGCGGCCACUGGCGGCGCCGCCUCCUCCUGCUGUGGGGAAGGGGGGGAGCGGAAGCGACCGCGAGGCAAGCGGCGAUCGGGGACUCGGUCCAAACGGCGGCGCGGCAGAUCAGGGGGUGCAGGUGGAGGUAACUCAGGGGCGGCCCUCGCAGCCUCGGAGCGGCGCGGGAUUGGGGCGGGAUUGGGGCCACUAGUGGAGGGGACGGCCGAAGAAUACGACGACGUAAGCUCCCAGUCGGAGGGACCAGUGGGAGGCGGGACGGCUGGGGUAGGGAGCGGCGGCGGGAGUCCGGCGUCCUCCGGUGGCGGUGGGGGCAACCAACCACGCUCAAGCCGCGGUGAGGCGGAUCGGAGCAUCCGGCGGCCGCGCAGGGAACACCGCAGCAACAGUGGGCGUCGCUCUCGGGAGCGGCACCGGGAACACCACAGGCGGGGGGUGGACAAGGACAAGGCGCCGUUACAGCAGGAGGGGGUGGCCGCGGCUGCGGCUGCCAGGGGGGGAGGUGAGGCCUCCUCUUCUUCAUCCAAGUCUCGCAGCCGCCACAAUCACAGCGGUGGCCAGGACCGGGAUGGCUCCCGGGGCGGCGGCGGCGGCGGCAGCGACGGCCGCAGGAAGGGCUCAGCUGCGUCGCCUAGUAGCAGUCGGAAAGACCGGGAAACUAAAAGCCACCGGAACCGGACGAAAGCAGGCAAAGAGCCUCCCUCCGCUUACAAGGAACCGCCUAAAGCCUACCGGGAGGAUAAGACAGAACCCAGGGCCUACAGGCGGCAACGAUCGUCCCCUAGUCCUUAUCGAGAUGGCAGCCCAACUAGCCACAGAGCUUCACAAAGCCAACGGAACCGCAAGUCCCCCAGUCCCCGGUCUUCUCUUAGUCCUUAUUGGCGUCGGUCGCCCAGCUACAGCCGGCACAGUUCUUUCGAGUGUGGUGGGGAUGUAUCACCGAGUCUUUACAGACGUCGCUCGCGCAGCCCUUAUAGUCCAGCCAUCAGAAAACCAGCAAAAUCCAGAAGCAGAAGUCCUUAUUCAUCAAGACAUUCACGAUCUCGUAGUAGACACAGAUUGUCAAGAUCCAGAAGUCGGCAGUCCAGUAUUUCUCCAAGUACUCUGACUCUAAAAAGCAGCCUGGGGGCUGAGCUGAACAAAAACAAAAAAGCCAGGGCAGCAGAGGCAGCUAAAGCCAAUGCAAAAGUUUCAAACACCUCUACACCUACUAAGGGAAUUGACAUAGGAAUUGCUGUACAACAAGUGAACAAUGUAAAGGAAGUAAAAAAGAUAAAAAUAGAAAAUAUAUCUUCUCCUUUAAAUAGUUCAACCUUGAAAAAUGAUAAGACAAAAACAAAAGUUCCUAUUCAGGAAACUAAAGUGAAAAACAAUGUGACUGUAGAGAAAGUGGCUAAACCGAAAGUUUUAGCAGCAAAAGAAAAUAAAACAACCCUUGUGAAAUCAACAACACAACCUGUUGCAGUAAAAGAGAAGAAUAAACCUAAUAUCCUAACUGCAGCAUCUAAAGAGAAAGACUGUAGUGUUGCGCCAAUCACUUCCACUCUGCCACCCUUGCCUCUUCCUCCCAUGCUGCCUGAAGAUAAAGAUACAGAUUGUUUGCAAGGUAACAUUUCAGUAAAAGCAGUGAAAAAAGAAGUGGAGAAGAAAUUACGCCAUUUGCUUGCAGACUUGCCAUUGCCACCUGAGUUACCUGGAGGAGAUGAUAUAUCCCAAAGCCCAGAAGAGAAAAGAAUACUAGUGCAAUCACAUCAUAAAAAGAGACCGAAGAUAUGUGGACCACGUCAUGGUGAAACAAAGCAGAAAGAAAUUGACUGGGGGAAACGUUGUGUAGAUAAGUUUGAUAUCAUUGGCAUUAUUGGAGAAGGCACCUAUGGGCAAGUUUACAAAGCCAGAGAUAAAGAUACAGGGGAAAUGGUGGCAUUAAAGAAAGUACGGUUGGAUAAUGAAAAAGAAGGUUUUCCUAUUACAGCUAUUAGGGAAAUAAAGAUUCUUCGACAACUAAAUCAUCCAAGUAUAAUCAACAUGAAAGAAAUAGUGACAGAUAAGGAAGAUGCUUUAGAUUUCAAGAAAGAUAAAGGUGCUUUCUACCUUGUAUUUGAAUAUAUGGAUCAUGAUCUCAUGGGGCUUCUGGAAUCUGGCUUGGUUCAUUUUGAUGAAAGUCAUAUUAAAUCUUUCAUGAGGCAAUUGAUGGAAGGCUUAGAUUACUGCCAUAAGAAGAAUUUCUUACAUCGAGAUAUUAAAUGUUCUAACAUCUUAUUAAACAACAGAGGGCAGAUCAAGCUUGCAGAUUUUGGUCUUGCUCGACUGUACAGCUCUGAAGAGAGUCGCCCAUAUACCAACAAAGUUAUCACUUUAUGGUACCGUCCCCCUGAACUUCUGCUAGGAGAGGAACGAUACACACCUGCCAUUGAUGUUUGGAGCUGUGGAUGUAUCCUGGGUGAACUUUUUACUAAAAAGCCAAUAUUUCAAGCAAAUCAGGAACUUGCUCAGCUGGAACUGAUAAGCCGCAUAUGUGGAAGUCCUUGUCCUGCAGUAUGGCCUGAUGUUAUAAAAUUGGCGUAUUUCAAUACCAUGAAACCAAAGAAGCAGUAUCGCCGAAGACUGAGGGAAGAGUUUGCUUUUAUUCCUGCAGCUGCACUAGAUCUCUUUGAUUACAUGCUUGCUCUUGAUCCCAGCAAACGCUGCACAGCAGAACAGGCACUUCAGUGUGAAUUUCUGAGAGAUGUGGACCCUUCAAAGAUGCCUCCACCAGAUCUUCCUUUAUGGCAAGAUUGCCAUGAACUGUGGAGUAAGAAACGUAGAAGGCAAAAGCAAAUGGGCAUGACUGAUGAUGCAGCUAAAGUUCCAAGAAAGGAUUUAUCUUCGGGGAUGGAUGAUAGCAGAGCCAACACACCCCAGGGUUUGCAGACCUCUUCACAAAUGAAGAUGCAGAGCAACUCUAAUAUAGCCCUUGUGAAAGCAGGCAGUGGUCAGCCACUAAAUCAAAAUGAAGUGGCAAUUCUCCUAAACCUGCUCCAGUCUAAAACUAGUAUUAAUAUGGCACAAUUUGCUCAAGUGCUGAACAUUAAAAUGAAUCCUGAGACUGAGCAACAACUAAAUAAAAUAAAUCUUCCACCUGGCAUUUUGGAUGUGGCUGAAAAACAGCCUGAGCAACAACAGCAGCAACAACAACCGCCACCGCCACCACCUAAGCCACCACUGCCUCCCUCACCAGAUCAAGAGCCUUUAAAACAAACAGCAACAUCACAGCUUUCUGUGCAAGCCACUCCAUUGACCCAAUCUAAAGUUGACACAGAAGUUACCCAAGCAGCUGUGCAGAGUGCAUUUACAGUUUUGUUAUCUCAGUUAUUAAAAGCUCAACAAUUGAAGCAAAAAGAAAAUUUCCUAGAAGAAAAGGAAAAUGGAUCAGGACAUGACAUAUCAUUACAACCAAGACAGCCUCCAGAGCCAAGUACACCAGCAUCUGGCAAUUGGGAAGAUGCAGAAUCACCGGCAUCUGUUUAUCCCCAUCUGAUUAAAUCAUUAUACACAUGUGCAGGACAAGAUGACUUGGUGAGACCCCCUGAAAUGAAACCUCAAACCCCAGAAGAACGUCCUCGUAUCUUGCCACCAGAUCAACGACCCCCCGAACCACCAGAACCACCACCAGUUACUGAAGAAGACCUUGAUUAUCGGACAGCGAAUCAACACUUACCUUCAAUUAGUAGCUCUUCGGGGAUGGAUCCUCAUGCUGGAGUAAAAGCAGCUCUUUUAGAGCUGCUGGCUCAUCACCAGGCUCAAACAACUGAGAAACCAGCAACAUCUAAUGUGGAGUUCCAGCCAAGAGACUCCUUUGUAGCAGGUCCAAACUAUAAAGAUAGUUUUGUAUCUACUACAUUCUCUUGUGCCCAUUAUAGUGGUAGUGAUGUAAUAGGAAAUGUAUCAUCUGGGACAUUAGAAAGGGCAAAUUUUGUUGGAAAUUCAGAUAUUCAACCCUUGGAGAACUAUAAUAUUGCUUCAUCUCAUUCAAGUAGUGCCCUUCCAACUCCUGCCUUUUCAGAACCAUUUCAUAGCUCAGUAACUCGUUAUGGAGACAUUUACCUCAACACUGGUUCUAUGCUAUUUAGUGGAGAUAAGGAUCAUAGAUUUGAAUAUAGCCAUGGUCCCAUCACAGUACUGGAAAACAGUGGCAAUUCAGUUGGAAGGUCUGGGUCAGAAAGUACUCAUUCUCAUUCUUUGUCUUCAAAGAUGCAGAACUAUAGCUAUGGAAGUAAUUUACAAGAACCUCCUGCCAGUGCCAGCCACAUUCAUGGACAAACUUGGACUUCUCCUGCUCAAGGACUUGGAUAUUCACAAGGAUACAGGGGACAUAUUAGUACAUCAGCAGUCAGAGGUCGAGGCAGAGGAUUGCCAUACUGAGCUGCUGUUCUUCUCCUUGGCCCUCAGGCACAUCAUUUGUAUCUGGAAAUACUUUUUAGCUGUGAUUUCAAACAGCAAUCCAACAGACUUGAAUAAUGUUAAUUCAGCAGCUUUAUUUUUAUUCAGAAAAGGAUCUUGCAUACAAUAGGAAAUUGCUUACAACUUAUGCUGUUCUGAAAAUCCAGAUAAUUAUUCAUCUUUCAAAUUCUAGCUAUAAAUUUUAUAUUUUGGCAGUUCUAAGUCAAUGCUAAAUUUAGGGACAUCAGCUUUUUAAGGCACACUACUAAGAUCUGAACUAUGCACACAAUUUGUGCUUUUUUUGUAAGUUUGGACCAACUUUUAUGUAAAAAUUUUACAAAACCAAAACAGGGCACUGAUUUAUUUGGUAUUUCUUUUUACAAAACUACCUUUAGUCAAGAAGUCACUAUCAGUCUUUGCACUGCUUUCAGUGUUAUCUGUGGAAAUGUUUGUGCUCAUUUCAGACAAUAAAAUAGUCACUCUUGAUACUGUUUAUACAUACUUUGACAUUGAGUUGAUUUACUUUCAAAUUGUUUGUUUAGUAAAAUAUCCAGUCCAUCUUCCCAACAUUUGUAUAAAUAUCUGUUUUACUUGAAUGGUAAGUGCCUUAAUGAUGUAAUCUUAAGGUCUGAAGAACAUUUCAUUAAAUUCAUAAGGCUGUUUGAAGGUAA